GACCCGUAUAAAGGUCAAAUCAAAAGCUUCAGAUCAGAAUCAUCUUGAUUUGCCAAGUUUGUCAAAAACACACAAGGAAUUUGUCUCCGGUAGUUGGAGCCGCUCUAGUAUGACAACAGACAGUCGAUUGACAGUGACGACCUUUGAGACAGAAAAACAGAGAAACACAGUCACUGAGCAAUACAAAGUUACCAGUAAUGUGGUAAUGCCGAUACUUUUUUUUGGGACAAUUGUGCAAAUAAUGCCUGAUCAAAAAACAAACCUUGAGGUUCAAACAACAAUCGAAGGAAUGAAUACAUGUAAUGGAUGAAAUAAUAAUACAAUUCCCAUUACAAUCCUGGCCUGUAAAAUAAACCCCAAAGUAUUCUUAUUUGUUUGUUUGCACUUGAAACUUGUUCGUGUUCACAAACGUUAAUGGCGUCUCUCCACACUUUGCAGUCUUAUGCGCUGAAAUGGGCAAAAAGAGGGUGGACUAUCUUGGCAAUAAUGUCAAUUUUUGUUUUUUUGAAUGCCAUUUUGUCCGCCUUCCAGCACGUUUCCCCGUUGUCGUUUUGAUCAGCGACCAUGUGUCUGGAGUGCGCUACCGGCAGAAUGCUCUGUGGCUGACUGAGAAUAUGCUCCAGGGAUUGAAGUCUUUGCACAGCUCAUCUGACUCUGAAAUCUCCUUAUGGUACAGGAUGUUUUGGCGGCUAGACUGAGCGGGGUGGGGUUUACCUUCAUCCUCCGCAACCCGUUCGCAGACAAAUGCUCUGUGAGGGAAUGGGAUAAAUCACCAAACCCUCUGGAGAGGACAGCGGGAGAGAGAAGAAACGGGACGAGACGGAGUGCGGAUCGGGUAUAUCAACGCAAACAGAAGGCAAAACAUCUGCCCCCGGGCGAAGAAGGACAUCCCCGCCAGCGUCUUCCAAGCAUGGAAACAUAAUGUCAUGAACAGCACUCGUCCGGUAUUAAGAUCCCGACAGAGGCGACUGCAGCUGUGGUUUCCUUCCACAAGCGGAUGCGAGUGGAACGCCGAGCUGGGACCUUUUGGCAUGGGACUUGAACCUGAUCCUGAAAUGCGAAAAAGCGUUUCCCUGCCUGUCUCUGUUUUAAGAAUCCCCCCCAAACUGGUCAAGUAAGUCUCCCUUGAUGCCUCUCUGACCUGGAACGGGUUAGGGCUCUCUCACCGGGGAUGGGCAGCCCGGCGACCGCUCCCCUUGGCGGCUUUGGCACGACCACGGUCGCGGGCUGGACAUACUGGUCUGGAAACGGCUCGCCAAAGCUCAACCGGAGCCUGGCCAGGUCGGCGGGGGGCGGCGGUGGCAUUGUGCCGGCCGUGGGUGCCGACAUGGGAAACUUGACACGGGAGGGGGUCAUAAAGGUUAAGAACUGGCCGGCGCUGCUCAUCCUGGUCAUCAUCGCGCUGACUGUCGGUGGCAAUAUCCUGGUCAUCCUGGCCGUGUCGCUGGAGAAGAAGCUCCAAAAUGCCACCAAUUUCUUCCUGAGGUCCUUGGCGGUGGCUGACAUGCUGGUGGGCAUCCUGGUCAUGCCCGUGUCCCUCAUCAACAUCCUCUACGACUACGCCUGGCCCCUGCCCAGCGCCCUGUGCCCGAUCUGGAUCUACCUGGACGUGCUGUUCUCCACCGCCUCCAUCAUGCACCUGUGCGCCAUCUCGCUGGACCGCUACGUGGCCAUCCGCAACCCCAUCGAGCACAGCCGCUUCAACUCUAGGACCAAAGCCAUGAUGAAGAUUGCUGCCGUUUGGACCAUAUCCAUAGGUGUCUCCAUGCCCAUCCCGGUGAUCGGCCUCCUCAACGAGGACAAGGUGUUCGUCAACGGCAGCUGCGUGCUCAACGAGGAGCGCUUCAUACUGAUGGGCUCCUUCGUGGCCUUCUUCAUCCCGCUGGUCAUCAUGGUGGUGACGUACGGCCUUACCAUCCAAGUGUUGCAGAGGCAGGCCACCGUCUUCCUGUGCGAGGCCCACACUUCUUCCUCCCAGCAGCCUUUGCAGACCCCUGCUGUGACCCACACCUCGCAGAAACACCCGUACGCCUCCCCGGACCCGCCAGAGCUAAAGGUGGCUUCGGAGCCCGGCAUCCUCCUCGGCGUCUCCGCGUCGGAGAGCGUCAGCGUCCUUCCUGGUUCCGAGGCCACGUCGCAGCUGAGCUCUCCGGCAGCCGGGCCCGGACGGAGCGACGCCGCCGCCGGUUGCCACGGGGGACGGGGAAUGAUGCAGGCCAUCAAGAACGAGAGACGGGCCUCCAAGGUGUUGGGAAUUGUCGUCUUCCUCUUCCUUGUCAUGUGGUGUCCCUUUUUCAUCACAAAUGUCACCUUCGUACUGUGCGGGGGCUCCUGCGACGAGUCUGUGCUCCACGAGCUGCUCAACGUCUUCGUGUGGGUGGGAUACAUCUCAUCGGGGGUCAACCCGCUGGUCUACACGCUGUUCAACAAGACCUACAGGAGAGCCUUCUCCAGCUACAUCCGCUGUCGCUACAAUGUGGGCGCCAACGCAGCUGGGGCCGGCCAGGCCUUCAAGAACCCGCCGGCGCCGCCGUCGUCCUUACACGCCGUCACGCCGCUCCUGGGGGACGGCCGCAGGAAGGUGCGCGCCGACCGGGGACGCCACAGUAACUGUCGAAACGGCGGCCGGCCGACGCCGGACCCAGAGGAAGACGUGACACGAGCGGGGAGCGACGCAGUGCCGAGCCUCUGUGAGUGCCACGACACCGGGGGGGCGCUCUCCGAAACCGAAGAACAGGAACUGUCGCUCGUCAGCUACAGCCCCGCCUCCACGGUUCACACCAGCAGCGUGUGACGUUUUUUGAAAACAGAAUUCUGGCUUGGCCUCAAAGGAAGAGGAGGGUUCAUCCGGGAUGGGGGAGCAAGCGGAAACCCUGAUAACGCAUGUGGGAUGCCAGCGUGCUGGUCUCACAGCACCAGCCGGUGGCUAUCUCGAAUGUGUGUGGGUGGUUGUUUUGAACAUACAAGGAAACAAAGGAACAUUAUUAGGGUGUUUAGACGCGCGCGCACACACAUUUCGGUCUUCCUCGGAUUUUCACAAAGUGAAAUUGGACAAUAUUAACAGAGGUGAGGCGGCACGGUGGCCGACUGGUUAGAGCGUCAGCCUCACAGUUUUGAGGUGCGGGGUUCAAUCCCCGUCCCCACCUGCGUGGAGUUUGCAUGUUCUCCCCGUGCCUGCGUGGGUUUUCUCCGGGCACUCCGCUUUCCUCCCACAUCCCCAAAACAUGCAUGAAUUGGAGACUCUAAAUUGCCCGUAGGCGUGACUGUGAGUGCGAAUGGUUGUUUGUUUCUAUGUGCCCUGCGAUUGGCUGGCAACCAGUUCAGGGUGUACCCCGCCUCCUGCCCGAUGACAGCUGGGAUAGGCUCCAGCAUCCCCGCGACCCGCGUGAGGAGAAGCGGCUCAGAAAAUGGAUGGAUGGAUAACAGAGGUGAGUUAUACACUUCUGCAGGCUAUUUGAAGGCAAUCAAGGGUGAACGUAGAAAGGUUCUUCAUGAUCCGCCUCAUUCAUUGCGCCUCUAUAUGCUACAUGAGUUAUCAAGUGUGUAAUCUCAGGGCCUUGAAUCAAUGCCAACUGGACUAUUGGGGUUGUCUUAGAUGUUUCGUCUGCCAUUUGAGCAGGCUUCAUCAGUUCAUGCAAUUAUAUACGUAUUUGGUGCAGAUUUCCACCCUUCCCGACCAAGCACGUCAAACGGCAGACAAUCUUUCAAACGUCUGACAAGAUUGUUUCCUCAGGUCUGACGUGUGUUAUGAGUGGAUUCGUCCCGGUUUUAGGCUCCGAAACAGGUCAGGCCGACAAUCUUAAAAAAGGAACGUGCUCAGUAUUUACGACCAAAACUCGCCGCGUGUGUGGGGGAAGCUGACUUCUCCCGAGUCACGAUAUAACAGAAUAUAACCAAUCAAGAAGCACCCUGACUCAACAAAAGGAAAAGACCGUAAAUAAAAACUAAGCGUACCUUACCCAAUGUCCCAAUGUUUUCAAUUUUUUGGAAGACAGCGGCAUUUUACAAGGCUCCCAGCUCCGGCAACUUUCAGGAACAUUCGGGAAACAUCUGCGUAUAAACGGAAGUGUUUUUUUCUUUUUGCUGGGUUUUGUGAGAUGAGAUGUGAUCAUGCGAGGUUUCGAGAUCGGCGGUGGAACACAAUGUUUGUGCGUCAAUACGAACCAAAGUUAAAAUACCUGAGUUUUUAAAAUUUGUAUUAUUAUCUUCGAGUGUGGGGUCCGUCACAGUGAAAUAGGGUUUUAAGAUUUGAAAAAUCCACGUGUGUGGACCAGGCCGAAGCCUUGCCGCAUGAGCCGCUGAAGACUGCACGGAUGAGAGGUGAAACCUCUUUCAGAUAACCAGAACAUUCAAGUUGCGAUCGAUUCAAUGCCCUGAGAAUGAAAUGAGCUGCCUGAAUGAGAAGAUUUACAGGCAUCAAGUGUGUAUGUUGGAACCACGGUGUGCUCGUCUGGUGUCUGCCGACGCAUCAGGAGAGCUUUACUGGCAGAGUUGAACGAGGAAGUCAAAGCGUGAGCAACAUUUAAUUUCAUCCAAAUACAAUGAUCCCUAUCAUCUGGAACAAUAUCCUCAUCUAUAACGUCUCAGAGCUGCCCUCAUCAAUACCAUCAGAGGUAUCCUAAUCUCUUAUCACGUGAAAGAAGAUCCGACAUGGAAUUAAAUUCCAUCCAAAAGAUCUUCUCUUGUCUGUCAUCUAUCUCGAGUCGGUAUGAGGAGGAUGCAUGCGUGUGCCCU